AAGAGUUUUUGCUUGUUCUACAAGUCCUUCGAGAUAAUCUUCUUGUUCUUCCAUUAGAGAUAUAAACAUCCAUAUAAAAUCAUGGGUUUCCGUCUGCCCCGUAUUGUUCAUGCUAAGCAAAUUCUUCGAGGAUCACUCUUUGCAGCAAACCAAGAUGUUUCAAUAGCCACAGAAGUUCCCAAGGGCCAUUUUGCAGUUUAUGUGGGAGAGAACGGAAAAAAGAGAUUUGUGAUUCCAAUAUCGUACUUGAAUCACCCUUCAUUUCAAGACCUGCUAAGUCAAGCAGAAGAAGAAUUCGGAUUUGAUCAUCCAAUGGGCGGUCUUACAAUUCCCUGCAGAGAAGAUGUGUUUGUUGAUCUAGUGUCUAGUUUGAAUGGGUCAUGAAAGAGUACUCUAGCAUAAUUCAGUACUUAACAAUUUUGUAUAGCAGACAUAGA